AUAAAUUCAUAGACCCGCGGACGGUUUCCCGUCUGUGGUUUUCGUGGUGAACACGAGGCUUUCUAAUAGUCGCGUCGAGAAAAUAUCAAAUCUGGAUUAUUUAAAGAAUAGUUUAUAACAUUAUUAACUAAAAAAAAUAUUGUUUUUUAAAUUUAGUACAUCAGCCUCGUAAAUAUUGAUUUUUCAAAGUUAAAAUUAUGGAGAACGCAUGGGAUGCGGAUGAUAUCAGCUCAAAACUUGAGUUGACCUUGCGAUCAAAUAAAUGGGAAGGUGAAGAUGAAGAGGAAGAAGUCAAGGACAGUUGGGAAGAUGUAGAUGAUGAAGAAGAAAAAAAAGAUGUAGAAAAACCGGCUGAUGCGCCAAAACCUAAGCCUAAACCCAAAAAGAAAGUAGCUGAGAAAAUUGAAGAACGAGAGAGGAAAGCCCGUGAAGAAGCCGAAAAGAAGGCAAAAGAAAAGGAAGAAGCGAUGACACCUGAGGAAAGGAGAGCUGAGCAGUUAAGGCGACAAAAAAUGGCUGAGGAAGCUGAUCUACGACUGGCGAUGGAAACUUUUGGCGUCACAGCUAUUGAUGCAAUGCUCCCUGAUACUAAAGAAGAAUUCGAUCAGUUUGGUGAUGCAUUGGUACAGAAGAUCAAUCAAUUUAAGUCGCACAUCGAGUAUCCCGCAUUCGCGGAAGAACUUAUUAAUCGUAUAUCUGUUAAUUUACCAUCAGUUGUUCUAAAGAAACUCAGUACAACAAUCAACAAUUUAGCUAUUGAAAAACAAAAAAUAGAAAAAGGUGACAAGGGUAAAAAAAGUAAAGGUAAAGGAAAAGCCAAAUUAAAAUUGGAAGGAGACAACACCCAUUUGAACGAAUACGACAGUUAUUCGUAUGAUGAUAAUUAUGAUGAAUUUAUGUAGCGGCCGUUAUUAAUUUUGACAAUUAUAUUGAAUUACUCUA